UACUGGUUAAAGACGUUUUACACUCAUUUUAUUGUAGUAAAAAUAGCAAAUGCUAGCGUAUAGUUAGUAAAUACCGAGUACCAGGGUGAAAUUUCUCAUUAAGAUUUCCUGUGUGUUUACAAAUGCGCUCAGCGGAUACUUAACAUUUCGCCUUUUAUUAGUUUAAAGGUUUUAGAUAGUAUGGACGUAUGUUUUUGUGUUAAACUUAGACAAGUUUUUGUGUGAGAAUAUUUACUUUUUUUUAUAUAAAAUGUAGUGAAUUUGGACUCGAGAAAAUGGUGGAUUGGAAGUUAAGAUUCUGUUUUUCACUGUUUAUUUUGUGUUACACAAAGGAAACUACUGGUACAGUUGAGUCAUGGGACAUGCAACAACAAUGCGGUAGAACACUGGAAAGUUAUGGAGGAACGCUACACUUUGACGCCACGAUGCUCCGGAACAGCUUUUGUCAGGUGAAGAUUGUGGGCAAAGGGGCAGCCGAUACAAUGUUGUCAUUAUUUUUCACUUCUUUUAACGUCACUGGUGACUCUUGUAUGGAAAACGUAACCAUAGAGGAACCUGGCGCAGUACAACAAACAUAUGAGCUCGGGAACAUCCCAAAUGGGCUUUACCAGUCAUUUUGCAGAAAUACGGGGUAUAUGAACCAGAAUUCCAUAUACACAACCUUCCAUGAAUCAUUGAUACUGAAGUACUCAUCGCGUCAGAAAGAAGCAGCCAAGAAUAUGAAAUUCACCCUAAAAUUCUCAUCUUUUACAUCCAGAUUUAAAGGCUGUACAAAAGAAGAGGCGGAGGAGGGCAUGUUUUCCUGUCCAACAGGACGGUGUGUGCACAGCAGUUUACUGUGCGGGGACUUAAACCCUUGUGGUGAUAAUAGAGACUGUAACUCCACUGAGGCCAUAUUAGAACAGAAUAGAGAUGAUAAGGGCGUGAAUUAUGUGAAAUUUCUGGUUGUGACUAUUGUUGUAUUGUUUGCAAUAUUUGCACUUAUUCAAAUAACACUGAUAGUGAGGAACGAAAACAAGUGCACUCAUACUAGGAAAUACCAACAAAAGGAGCAGCUUCAAGCGGAACUGAUGCCAAUGACAAACGGCCACGUUGAAAGGGGACAGAGAGACACUAAUGUUGAAGUUGUGAAAACCUGAAUACAGGAGAUAAACACGGGAUGAGACGGAAAAUGUUUAAAUGAAACUGUUUGUGUCACAUAUUUUUACUUCCGGGAAAUCCACAUUUCUUGCGAUAAUGAGAAAGGUUGACACUGGUUCAUGUGUCUUCGGUAAUGGGUAGAUGACGUCACCUCAGCAUAUUGUUUAAAAUACGUGGUCUUUAGAAUAAAUUAAUGGCACAUAGAUUCUUAUGUGAGACGCAUUUCUAAAGUAAGAAACAUUAUCAACGUUCUUCGAUAGAUUUUACGUUUAUUUAGCAGCGUGUUACUUUCCUUUUAUCAUUUUUCAUUUUCAGAUACAUUUGUUUGCAUUUCAUAUAUUGUGUCAUAUUACAAUCUGAAGAAAAAGAUAUUAAUAUAUCUCGCUGCAGCUAUACACUGAACGAGAAGUUUUAACAGUGCUCUUUAGCAUUUUUAUAUGUUGCCAUUGCAGUUUGUUAAUUUAAAAACAAGGUAAACAAGCUGUUCGCCGUCCAUUUGUUCAUGAAAGUUAUUUCAUUAUGCAUCAGUUUGAUAUUGCGUAUUAUUUGUAGCUAUAUAGAAAUUUAAUAAAUGCGCAUCGCAUCUGCUUUAUCAUUUGGCUUCAUGUAUCAUCCAUAACCAAAAUGUUUAGAAUGGUUGGUUUAAUUUGAAUUAUGUACAAAACCAUAUGCGAUUGGUCCAGCACUAUGUAAAUAUGCAAAAAGCAGCACCAGCUGUCAUUCUUGUAUAUCGCCUUUUGAAUAUUUUACUUACAGUUUCUGCAUAUAUCAGAAAUAAAAAAAGACGCAGCUACAUUUCAUUAUAAAUAUGAGGAGAAAUAGAAAACAAGUUUCCAACUAUAUUAACAUACAGUAUUUUUGUAUUUACUCAAAUGUUUGAGGAUUAUAUUUUGUUAGAAUUCACAUUCUUUUCAGCAAUUUUGAAUUAUUGAACUUUACUUCCACACCAAUCGCUGAAGCUUUACGUGUAUAUCCGUUCUGACUUUAAAGGUAUUCCAUAAAAUAUUUAAUUCGACACAUUUACUUCUCAUGUAGAAAAAAUGUAUACAAUUUUACUAAAUAUAUAAUUUAAUUAAAUGUGUAUGUGGAGCUAUAUUCAUAAUUAGCAGCUGAUUGCUAGGAAAAACUUUUUUUCAAAUAUGAAAUUUAGAUCUAGCAUCCAUCAAAAAAUAAAAAAAUGCAAUUACAGUUCAUUUUGAUAAAAUGUACUUCUUUUAAGAGAAACGCAUUACAAUUUUAUCUCACCUGUCACAAAGUGACAAGGUGAGCUUUUGUGAUCGUGCGGUGUCCGUUGUCCGUCGUCCGUCCGUGCGUGCGUCCGUCCGUAAACUUUUUGCUUGUGACCACCCUAGUGGUCACAUUUUUCAUGGGAUAUUUAUGAAAGUUGGUCAGAAUGUUCAUCUUGAUGAUAUCUAGGUCAAUUUCGAAACUGGGUCACGUGCCGUCAAAAACUAGGUCAGUAGGUCUAAAAAUAGAAAAACCUUGUGACCUCUCUAGAGGCAAUAUAUUUCACAAGAUCUUCAUGAAAAUUGGUCGGAAUGUUCACCUUGAUGAUAUUUAGGUCAAGUUUGAAACUGGGUCACGUGCCAUCAAAAACUAGGUCAGUAGUUCUAAAAAUAGAAAAACCUUGUGACCUCUCUAGAGGCCAUAUAUUUCACAAGAUCUUCAUGAAAAUUGGUCGGAAUGUUCACCUUGAUGAUAUUUAGGUCAAGUUUGAAACUGGGUCACGUGCCAUCAAAAACUAGGUCAGUAGUUCUAAAAAUAGAAAAACCUUGUGACCUCUCUAGAGGCCAUAUAUUUCAUAAGAUCUUCAUGAAAGUUGGUCAGAACGUUCACCUUGAUGAUAUCUAGGUCAAGUUCAAAAGUGGGUCACGUGCGGUCAAAAACUAGGUCAGUAGGUUAAAUAAUAGAAAAACCUUGUGACCUCUCUAAAGGCCAUAUUUUUCAUGGGAUCUGUAUGAAAGUUGGUCUGAAUGUUCAUCUUGAUGAUAUCUAGGUAAAGUUCGAAACUGGGUCACGUAUGGUCAAAAACUAGGUCAGUAGGUCUAAAAAUAGAAAAACCUUGUGACCUCUCUAGAGGCCACAUAUUUCAUGAGAUCUUCAUGAAAAUUGGUCAGAAUGUUCACCUUCAUAAUAUCUAGGUCAAGUUCGAAAGUGGGUCACGUGCCGUCAAAAACUAGGUCAGUAGGUCAAAUAAUAGAAAAGCCUUGUGACCUCUCUAGAGGCCAUAUUUUGCAUGGGAUCUGUAUGAAAGUUGGUCUGAAUGUUCAUCUUGAUGAUAUCUAGGUCAAGUUUUAAAGUGGGUCAUGUGCCUUCAAAAACUAGGUCAGUAGGUCAAAUAAUGAAAAAACGUUGUGACCUCUCUAGAGGCCAUAUUUUUCAUGGGAUCUGUAUGAAAGUUGGUCUGAAUGUUUUUCUUGAUGAUAUAUAGGUAAGUUUGAAACUGGGUCACGUGCCUUAAAAAACUAGGUCAGUUGGUCAAAUAAUAAAACAACUUUGUGACCUCUCUAGAGGCCAUAUUUUUCAUGGGAUCUGUAUGAAAGUUGGUCUGAAUGUUCAUCUUGAUGACAUCUAGGUCAAGUUUGAAACUGGGUCAACUGCGGUCAAAAACUAGGUCAGUAGGUCUAAAAUAAUUAAAAUCUUUUGACCUCUCUAGAGGCCAUAUUUUUCAAUGGAUCUUCAUGAAAAUUGAUCUGAAUGUUCACCUUGAUCAUAUCUAGGUCAAUUUCGAAACUGGGUCACGUGCGAUCAAAAACUAGGUCAGUAGGUAUAAAAAUAGAAAAACCUUGUGACCUCUCUAGAGGCCAUAUUUUUCAUGAGAUCUUCAUGAAAAUUAGUGAGAAUGUUCACCUUGAUGAUAUCUAGAUCAAGUUCAAAACAGGGUCACGUACCUUCGAAAACUAGGUCCAUAGGUCAAAUAAUAGAAAACUUUGUGACCUCUCUAGAGACCAUAUUUUUCAAUGGAUCUUCAUGAAAAUUGGUCAGAACUUUUAUCUUGAUAAUAUCUAGGUCAAGUUCAAAACUGGGUCACAUGAGCUGAAAAACUAGGUCACUAUGUCAAAUAAUAGAAAAAACGACGUCAUACUCAAAACUGCGUCAUGUGGGAAGAGGUGAGCGAUUCAGGACCAUCAUGGUCCUCUUGUUAUGUAAUUUAAGCUAAGUUUGAAGAUUUUGAAAUUCCGAGUAAAAAUAAUAAUGUAAUGUAAUAUUUUGUAGUGGCUACUGGCUAACUUUUUUACUGCCAGCAUACAUUUCUUUUACAAAUACCAAUUUCAUUUUACUGUAUGUUUGAUACAAGCGCUUAACUCUUUCGUUACAAUAUUUGUACAUCCCAAGGAAUUAAUUAGAUACAGUUAAGUUUAUUAUUCAUGAGCAGUUAUUUGUAAUUAUACAUCGUCAGAUAAUACAUUUUCGUAUUGUAUUCUCCACACGUACAUUUUCUCUAUUUUGUUAAUGAUACGAAAUAAAACAAUGUAUCAAUUUUUACUGUUGUCUCACUGCAUGACACAACAUGAGUUAUACAUGUUCGAAAUAAAAGAGAAUGGUGUGAGUAUGGAGUGUCACGAACAGUAAAACAUUAGCGGUUAUCUCAAUACAGAGCAUAGGUCAGCUUACAAUUUCAAGUGUAUUACUUUCCUUUCAUUAUUUUUCAUUUUCAGAUACAUUUGUAUGCAUUUCAUAUACAUGUAUUGUGUCAUAUUACACUUUGAAGAAGAAGCUAUUAAAAUUUCUCGAAGCAGUUUUGAACUGAACGAGAAGUUUAAACAGUGCCCGCUUAAGUUGCAAGUUUUGGUUUGUUUGUACAAGCUAUUCGCCGUCCAUAUUUUCCUGAAAAUAAUAACUUUUUGCAUCAUUUUGCCAUUGCGUAUUACUUGUAGAUAUAUAGAAGUUUAAUAAAUGCGCAUCUCAUCUGCUUGAUCGUUUGACUUCAUGUAUCAUUCAUAACCAAAGUGUUUAGAGCGCCUGUCUGAAUUUGAAUUAUGCACAACACCAGAUGCGAUUGGUCCAGCACUAUGUAAAUAUGCAAAAAAGAUGCACCAGCUGCCAUUCUUGUAUAUCGCUUUUGAAUAUUUUACUGACAGUUUCUGCAUAGAUCGGAAAUAAAAAAAAGAGACGCAGCUGCAUUUCAUUAUAAAUAUGAGGAGAAAGAGGAAACACGUUUCCGACUAUUUUAACUUACAGUAUUUUUUUAUAAACUUUUAGAUCUUGUGAAAGUCAAAUACUUUGCAUUUUUUGUUAACUCAAAACUUGAUUCUUUGAGGAAUAUAUUUUGUCAGCAUUCUUCUUCAUUUCGGUCGUUCUCAAAAUUAUUGAAUUUUACUUGUAUAUUAUCAGCUACUUCAGCUGUUGAUAUAUAACCAUGGGAUUCUGACUUUAAAGUAGAUAUAAAAUUGUUUUUCAUUUUGAUUAAAUGUGCAUCAGUGUUGAAAAGCGCAUAUUUUAUAAAGAUUUUGAAAUCUUACUUCAAAAUAAUGUUAUAUUCUGUAGCGGCUAGCCUAUAUAUACAAAACAUAAGUUUGUUUCUUUUUACUGUAGGUCUUCUUUUCACAAUCAUAUUAGUAUAUACGAGCAUGUGUGUCAAUACAAACUCACUUGCAAUCACACUUUUGUUAGAUCACCCAUCUUCAUACGUACGUUUUCCACAUUGUAUUGAUAUUAUAAAAUAAAACAACAAACCGUUAAAGUUAA